AUGGAGGAACCCAGCGCGACACACAGAGCAACACUACGUAGACGACUGGCUGAUCAGGCUCUUCCAUUUACGGUUAACUCGGCUGUUUAUCUUUGCGCUACUUGUGUUAGCCAGAAGAGCGUUCCAUACACUACAUCGGCGACAGCGUACUCCAGGCCAACUAUCGAACACGAGCGGCCUUUCCCACAGCUCGUCGCCUCCAUGGUACAGUCUGCUUCCACUGACCGCGCUGUCCAGCUGGUUAGAGAGGCCGUCGAACUAGUGGAUGCUGGCCACCGAGAGGCCGCUUCAAGAAACAUUCGGGAGGCGAUCUCCCUGGCUCCAGCGAACGAGGAGGUCAGAUCCGUCUUUAAAAAAAUAUCAGAGGAUGAAGAGACAGGCCACCCUCUCGUGAACCUAUGUCGUCGCUAUGUCACCUACAAGGACGAAGGCGCUGGUCGCGAAGCGGCCUCGCGCCUCCGCGCCGAUGACCUAGUGCCGCCCCCCGAAGCCGCUAUCGAUGCCCUCAACCUCAUCCUCUCGUGCCCUGCCGCAAGCCUCUCGAAUACCCAGGAUGAGAUAAUCACUGCCCUGAUGCGGAGCAGCCCGCAUAUUCGCCGCCAUUUUGCUGCACAGCUCCAAUUGUCCGUCACCCAGUUCUUCGACGAGAUAUACGACCGUGGAGAUGGCGCUGUCACGUGUCUAGAUACUGCGGUACUAGAUACUGCACUGUGGCGGUCUGAGCAAGUGCGCAAUCACUGCAAAAGUGAGCUGUUCCAGCUUUUUAUUGCCAAGCUGAUGGAGUCGGGGCAUGACCUGGACGGCCGCUCUCUAAAGGGUAUUGCUCGACUCCUUGCAGUCGACGCUGAAAAUCUGCAACAUUUGGUUGAUGAGGAGUGUUUUGAUGCCAUUUUAUCCUCUCUGGACCUGAGGCUACCUAGCGACGUACGCAGCCAGGCCACUUUAGCAACCGCCAAAUACCUCGAAGCCGCCGGAGAAACCGGCCAGACGCUGUUCUCCAAGAUCCUUACCGCUCGUGUUUCAAGACAGCGGAAUGACGACUACGUAAUCGCAUUCUCUGCUGCUGCUGCUGUCUUCCCCAUCAUCCCUUCCAUCACUGCAACCCUCUUCUUGACAAAUAAGUUUGUUCAAUCUCUUGCUGGCUUGCUGGAACAGAAGCGCAGAGGUAGAACCGUGGAACGCGCUGUGCUGGAGCUGUUCAACGCCGCCUGCAUCGACAAAGAGUGUCGCGAAGCAAUCGAUAGCCAUUGUGGAGAAUGGCUCUCUCGUACGUUGAGCAGAGAAACCGACGAACACGCCGAAUUGGCUGCUGUAAUUUUGGCCAAAAUCCGGGCCUCCGAAAACGGUGCAAUUCUGAAAUCCACGUCAGCGAGUAAAGUCCUGGGGAACGAACUAUCGGGUGGUAGUUCCCAUGAUCUCGUUGAAAGAUUCAAAAACCUCCUUGCUCAGCGUCCGCAGAAAGGUGACUUCCAUCGUUUGGUUGAGGGCCUGGUGUUUUCCUCCGUGAAGCCAGAUGUCAAGGAGCAGCUGGUUUCCAAGGGCUCGAGUUUCCAGUCAGACCUUGAGGCUCUUCUCAAGAACAAUAUUACCGACCAAUCCCUCAUUUAUGGUGGACUCAUGAUUAUCCAUAAUCUCACGAAAUACCGUCCUACUUUAUCUGAAGAACAAAAGAAAAUCUCCGAGCUCAGGUCCUACGCGAACGCUUCAACCAAACCUGCAGCAUCCGACCCCCUGGACGACGACAACUACGUCAAAGAGCGCUGUGCAGCCGUCAUCAAUGCUGGUAUCAUGCCCCUUCUCAUCGACUGUAACAAAUCAAACGCAACAUCGAACUCCAUCCAAGACCUAAUUAGCAAAAUCCUCCUCUCCCUCUCCAAAACCCCACAAACCCGCGGCAAACUCGCCCAGCAAGGCGCCGUUAAACUUCUCCUAUCCCUCCUCUCCUCCCGCACAGAGAACAGCACCAACUACCGCCAGAAUGACGAACCGACCCAGAACGCUGCCCACGCCCUCGCCCGCAUCCUCAUCUCCGUUAACCCCGGCCACGUCUUCUCCUCCACCGGCUCGCCCCAAAUCACCACCGCAAUCAGACCUCUCGUCUACCUCCUCGAUCCGUCAUCAUUACCCAGCACCACAACCACCCCUCCCUCCCCCUCACUCUCUACAGAAACCCCACGCGACCUCCUUCCAGCCUUCGAAUCUCUCCUCGCACUCACCAACCUCGCCUCAACUUCUGCCUCCACUUCCUCGUCACCACCAGGCUCCAUCUCGGCCCCUAGCGCCGCGGCCCUAAUAACCCGCCUCGCCUUCCCUACAAUCGAAAACCUCCUCCUCUCCUCAAACAUCCACCUCCAACGCGCUGCCACCGAACUCACCUGCAACCUCACCACCUGUCCCGACGCGGUCGCAAAAUUCGCAGACGGCACCCACCGCGCGGCGCAGCGGCUGCACAUCCUCCUGGCACUGGCUGAUGCUCGGGACCUGGCGACGAGGAGGGCGGCGGGCGGUGCGCUGGCGGCACUCACUGAGUUUGAAGGGGCUGUGGAGGCGGUGCUGGAGAGGGAGGGGGGCGUUGAGGUGGUGUUGGCGAUGUGCAGGGAGGGAGAGAGUGGAGGUGGGGGAAUGGAGAUGGUUCAUCGGGGCCUUGUUUGUGUGAGGAAUAUGGGAUGUUGCGAGGGGGAGGUGGGGAGGAAGGCGAGGAGGGUGUUGAAGGAGAGGGGGGCUGUGGAGGUGUUGAGGGGGUGUUUGGUUGGGGGUGCUGGCGCUACAGGCGCUGGGGAAGAUGCUGCUGCUGUUGUUGCUGUUGCUGCGGGUGGUGGUGGUGGUAGUGGUGCUGGUGGAGGGGGAGGGGGAGGGAUGGGGGAGGAAGUGUUGCGGUGUGGUGUGGAAGGGUUGAGGAUUUUGGUUGAGGGUUGAUAUGAUAUGAUGUCUUUUUUCUGUUUCUGUUUCUCCUUAUCUCCCCCUUCCACGUUGCUCUUUCGGUAUGCCGUGUGGUUAUUGUGUUUAAUUUGAUAUAAUUAUUGUGCAUCGCUCGACUUUUGGUUUGGUUUGGUUUAUUUUGUUUUUACCCUUAAUUGGUCAUUUAUUAUUUUUAAUCACUUCGCUUUUUUCUUUUGCUUUG